AUGAAACGAGCUGCUAACGCAUCAUCAUUAUGGCUCACUAAGACGAUGAAGGCAAAGGCUUUGUCAGUCAAGGAGUGCGGCUGGACAGCAGAGGAUUGCCACCUAGUGGAGGAGCUGCCAGGAGACUCGCGCAGAGAAACCCUGUGUCUGCCCAACAUCUUCAGGUCAAAGAAAGUCACGCCUUUGAGCCGGAGCCAGACGACGGGUCCGGCUUACCAGGUGUACUACACGGCCCGGGAGCUUCUUCUCGAGGUGCUGGACAGAGGAGCCAUGCGGGAGCUGAUGAGGCGAGCCUCCUCGAUGAGGACCGGACCUCCUCGACUUCCGCACGCUCAAAGAAGGGAGCAAGGCGUCCACUUCUCCGAGGAGGAUUACACCGAGAUGUUGACUUGUUUCUCCAUGGUUCUACAGGACGGCCUCUCCGUGGGAGAGUGCGAGCUGAGCCCCCGUUUAGAAGGCUGGAAGGGGGUCCUGAAGAGAAACUGCUUCCAAAGCUGCCUCAUGCACCUGAGCCGACUGGAGGAUGAGGACAAACUGGAAGCCUUGUCCGCCUUCUGCGGGCACGUAACCAAGCGCUACCGAGGACUGUACACGCCGGGUGAGAACCUGGCUGUGAAGAAAUACAAACUUCGGUGCCAGCAGACUCCCUGCACGCUCCAUCUGGCUAUCCUCUGUGAUAUCAGCUCAGGUUUCAUCUGCAACAUGCAUCUGUAUGUCCCCGAGCAGCUCCGGAGACGUAGUACGAAGCCUGUUGUCGUGCAGGUAGUCGAGCACCUGAUCAGACCUUUCUGCGGCCACCGCAACCUGGUGUGGUUGGACGCCGGUGUCUGGACGGAGGGCAAGCUCCUCCAGAUCUUCUCAGAGUCAAAAGUUAAGAUUCGGAUAGCUGCGACGGAACCGUCGUCAUCUGCAGAAAACACAUCCAAGUUUUUUUCACUAUCCCUCCUUGCGGCUCAUCUCCAAGGUUGGACCGGACCAGCUCUCCUUUUCCCUUUGUCCGACGUGCUCCUGCCCGGUCUCUGGGCGACACUGCACAGCAUCUACAUCAACACGUUUGUGCUCCACACCCUGCAGAGCUCAGGCAGGCAGGUCCAGCUGACCCAAUUCACCAGAACUCUGGCCUCUCAGCUGGCUCUGGACAAUAGCGCCGGAGUACCGGUCCUGCCUCAGCUAAACAGCGCAUCGUACCAAGAGAACAUCGUAACAUCUAAAGCCUCCGAUCCUCGCUCCCGUAGAAAACACAGAGACUCCAGCAGCCAUGCGACGGAAAACCCACUCCAGGGGUGGGACAGACCCGGUGUGUGCGGUUUAAACAACUCUGGAAACUUCUGCUACUUGAACGCAGUCUUGCAGUGCGUUUGCUCCACGGUGCCCCUGGUGGAGCACCUCCUUCAGCAGGACACUCGCAAGGAGUUGGCACGAGCCAAGUGUCAGGUGGCCCAGGUUUUCGUACGCCUCCUGGAGCAGAUGUGGCUGGGGAGGAGCUCCAGCUGUGCCCCUGUGGAGGCCAGGUCCUUGUUGUGCUCCAUCCUGCCCCAGUUCAACAACCACUCGCAGCAGGACGCUCAGGAACUCCUGCUCCUCCUCUUCAAUGCACUUCACGACGACUUAAAGAAGGUGCGAAAGCACUCCCUCAAGCAGCUGAGACGAGACCAGGGAGAGUCUACUAUUGUUUCCAAGCUGUUUGCAGGCCAGCUCAGCUACACAACAGUGUGCACGCAGUGCGACCACCAGACACACAACACACAGACCUUCACUGUCCUCUCCUUACCCAUCCCCGCGCACGUCCGAAAGUGUUCCAUUCAGGACUGCUUGUCUCUGUUCUUUGACCAGACUCUCCUGACUGGGGGAGACAAGAUGCGGUGCUCGGCCUGUGAGCUGCAGAAAGAAACCGCUCUCCUCACUUGUCUGGACAAACCUCCUGAAAUCCUGGUGCUGCACCUGAAACGCUUUGGUUGUAGGGGGAAGAACCAGGUGAAACUGAGGACCAACGUUAUUUUUCCCAUGGCACUCGAUCUCAGUUUGUUUCUGUCCAGCUCGGCACAAAACACUUCCUGGUCUUCCUACCGCCUUUAUGCGGUCGUGAACCACGCAGGUCACCUGAACAUGGGUCACUACACGGCUUUGUGCCACAACGUCCUGACCCGAACGUGGCACCGCUUUGACGACUCGGAGGUCCGAGAACUACGCGACAGCCACGUGCAGUCUCCAGACGCCUACGUCCUGAUUUACAGUCGUAAGCCGUUCCGAAAACCAAAGAUUGCCGGCCUAGAAAUGACAUAACAGAAGAAUAUUGACUUUUUG